AUGACUUGUGCCACCCGGCGCCCCGGCUUCCUCCGCGAGGCCGAGCUCCGCCUCCUCCGCUGCACCCUCCCCGCCCAGCCCUCGACACGGCCCCCACCCGCUUCCCCUCCCCCUGCGCAUCCGCUCGGCCCCGCCGCCGCCUCCGCGCUCGCCGCCGUUGAGGCCGGCGACUACGAGGCUGCGCUCGCCGCCGCUGCGCCGCACCUCCUCCCGGCCUCCGCCUCCUCUGGGCCUCCCGGCUCCGCCGCGCAGUUCUACGCCGAACUAGGUGCCACCACUCGGGCGUUCCUGCUGGGGGAUGGGGACGGGGGAGCGGCGGGAGAGGGGUUCGAGUGCAGGUGCGCGGUUGUGCUCUCCGCUGCAGUGGCCGCGCUGCUCGCGUUCACGCAACAGAACGUGACUGGGCCUCCAAGGAAGUUUCCCACUUUUCCUUUCUGGAUUUCAUCUUUAGAUGAAAGAUGCUAUAGUAAGCUUGGAGACGUAUGGGAUGCCUGGGCUUCUGACAAUUUAGCUUCUUUUGGUUCUCAUGUUCAUGGGAAAUUUUCACUCUUGCAGUUCAUUGUCUUUGCAAAGCUUUUGUUUACCAGCCUACAGAGUCUGGAUCUCUCUGAUUGCUGCAGUGUGCCAUGGUGGUUGUUUAGAAUAUCAAUGUUCCAGCAGAACAUCUUGGAUGACUUAUCAUCGUCUUUGUUUGAUCAAGUGCAAGUGUACAAGAAUAAGAUGUUGGACCAUUUUGGUGAACUGGAAAAGGUUUCUACCUACUGGGAUUAUUUAUUGUCUGAUGGAGAAGGCUCUUAUGUUGUUUCAGCUGCUUUCUUAGAGGCUGGAAUUGUGGAAUACAAAUAUGGUCGUGUUGAUGCUUCAAGGUUGCAUCUCAAUAGCGCACAAGAAGCAUGUGGUCUGCACCUCUCCCUUACAGGAAUCCUUGGUUUUCGAACAAUACACCAGGUGGAUGCAAAGUCUCAAAUGGUGCUUGUUGCGAAGAGCAAUAAAUCAGGCUCUGAUGAAGGACAAGUGACAGAACCCACAGUAGCUCAGAAUGACAAUGCAGCUUUAAAAAAUGCAAGGAGCUUCGAUCCUGUUAAAGGCGAUGAAUUCUGUGACAUACUAAGAAUGCCCAGACUGGUGCAUGAUGGGAGUAAUUCUGCCAGUGAAGAAACAAACCACAGUGCAAAAAUAUCACUAUCGGCUAUACAGCAGGCUGCUGUACUUGCACAAUGCUUGCAUGUGAGCCGGAGGAGUCGUAGUGAUGAAAUGUCUGGGUGGGAGAUGGCACCAUACAUAGAGUCAAUCGAUUCUCAGGAGGAAUCUUACUUUGUGAUCAGGAGUUUGUGCGAUAUACUGCGUGUUAGAUGGGAGUCAACCCGCAGUCGGACAAAGCAGAGGGCACUACAAAUGAUGGAGAAUUUGGUUGAAGAUAUCGGCAAAGAAUUCCCUUCUGCCCCACAAAGAGUUAAAAUGGUUUUUGCGGUUCAUAUGCCAACUCUUCCCGCAUUGAGGAAAGAAUACGGCGAACUUUUGAUCAGUUGUGGCAUAGUUGGAGAAGCACUGGAUAUAUUUAAUGAUCUUGAAUUGUGGGACAAUUUAAUAUAUUGCUAUCGAUUAUUAGGUAAAGUGGCUGAUGCAGUUAGUCUAAUAAAUGCUCGGCUUUCUGUUACACCAAAUGACCCAAGGUUAUGGUGUUCACUUGGUGAUGUUACAAAUAAUGACGAUCAUUAUAAAAAGGCAUUGGAAGUAUCAAAUAGUAAAUCAGCCCGAGCUAUGCGUUCUCUGGCUCGCAGUGCGUACAACAGGAAUGACUUCCAUACAUCCAAAGUCCUAUGGGAAUCUGCAUUGUCGUUGAACUCUUUGAUUCCAGAUGGCUGGUUUGCAUAUGGCACAGCUGCAUGGAAGGACAAGGAUCUUGACAAAGCUGUGGAUGCAUUUAGUCGUGCUGUACAGAUAGAUCCUGAGAAUGGAGAAGCAUGGAACAACAUAGCCUGCCUGCACAUGAUUAGAGGGAAAAGCCAAGCAGCAGUCCAAGCAUUUAGGGAAGCUGUAAAGUUCAAGAGGAAUAGCUGGGAAAUCUGGGAAAAUUACAGUAAAGUUGCUUUAGACACAGGGAAUAUUCGACUGACACUUGAAGCUUUGAAAACUGUAUUGGAUUUAUCCUCAAAUAAGCGCUUUAAUGUUGGUAUAUUGGACAAGGUGAUGACAACACUUGAAGAACAAUCUCCAAAUUUUGUUGAUACUCACGAAGCAUCAGAUGAUGCAAAUAAAGAGACAAGACAAUCCAAUCAAUUGUUAGAUAUUAUUGGUGAUAUCCUUCAGCAGAUUGUGAGAAGUGGAGGCAGCAAUGCGGACGUAUGGGGUUUGUAUGCAAGAUGGCAUAAGACCAAGGGUAACCUCAUGUCAUGUUCUGAAGCUUUGUUGAAGCAAGUUCGAUCUCUUCAGUCUAUAUCAUUUGAGACCCAACUUCUAACCGCGCUGAGCCGAAUCGAGCCACAAUGA